GAUGCUGAAAUUUUCCUCUCUAUGGACGGUCUUAUUAGAACAAUGUCCUUGUAGAAAAUCGUAUUCUUAGUAGCCUGAGUUUGACGUCUAGAUGUCAAACAUCUGUUUGAGCUGUGCUGUAAUCGUGCCCUACGUGUCGAUUAAGCGAGGUUCGAUGGUGGUCUGAGAAAUUAGGUCAUCAGUUGUGUAGGCCUAUUAUACAUUUGUCUAGAAUGUAUUUUAUAUUUCGCGCAUCCGAUGUGGGUUGUUUAUGACGAAGCGGUUAAGUAUGUAUACGGAUCUCAUUCACUCAUUGGGUGGAGAGGCAUUUAAUGGGAUCAUACCAAUGCCGUGAAUCAUUUUACACAUCUUUUGUUUUGGUCCUUGGAAGGGUUGUGUCUGAGCCAACCAAUAGGGGGAAUAUAAUACAGUGACGCAUUUAGCAAACGCCUCUGUAUCUUGUGGCGCAGCAAGGAAAGAGCUUCAGUCGAUUCAUUCAAACACGGUGAACAGACCUACGACUUCACAGCAAACUGCAUUGGAAAUAAACUAUUUCUUAGUUAAAAAAAUUCACUCAAGAUUAUUGGUGUUCCUAAAUAGUAGAAGCGCAAAUAAAUAUAUUUUAUACAGCGGCGUUUACCCUGAAGAGACCCUUAUAUUUGCAUAAAUAUUUAUUUGAGCUGUUGGCUACAGUUUCCUAUCAAUAUGAAGACUAAAUUCAUCAACGGAGUGUCUUCUUCCCCGUCUAUGUCGCUGGACCGCCUUGUUACAGAGAACGCACUGGUGGUUCAUCCAGACACUGAAGACUGCAAAGACAUCAUCCGGCCUGAUGAGCCUGAGCUAGAGACGAAACGCAAAGCGUAUUUAUGGUGCAAAGAAUUUCUCCAUGGCGCAUGGAAAACUGUGUCAGAGGAAGAUUUCCAGAUCAGCAUUAUAAGGGGAGGCCUUAGCAACAAGCUGUUCUUGUGCGCCCUGCCAGACAGUCUCAGCUCUCUGGGAGAGGAACCCCGGAACAUCCUCCUGCGCCUGUAUGGUGCCAUCCUACAGAUGUCAUGUAAUAAAGGAGAGUCCAGACAAUCCAACAAAGAAAAUCAAUCUCAAGGAGCGGAGGCCAUGGUCCUGGAAAGCGUGAUGUUUGCCAUCCUAGCUGAGAGGGAGUUGGGGCCUAAACUCUACGGCAUCUUUCCCCAGGGAAGGCUGGAGCAGUAUGUUCCUAGCCGCAAGCUGGAGACGGUUGAACUGAGCGUGCCCAGUGUCUCAGCGGAGAUCGCAGAGAAGAUGGCCAAGUUCCAUGCAAUGAGAAUGCCCUUCAACAAGGAGCCCAAGUGGUUGUUUGGAACGAUGGAGAAGUAUCUGAAGCAGGUUCUGAGGAUCUCCUUCACCAAGGAGAGCCUCACACGCAGGUUCAACCGCCUGCUGGGCUACAACCUCCCUCACGAGAUGGAUACCCUCAAGUUCCUUCUAGACUCCACCCACUCACCUGUUGUCUUCUGUCAUAACGACUGUCAAGAAGGAAACGUCUUGCUGCUUCAUGGACGCGAGGGUUCAGACAAGCAGAAGCUCAUGUUGAUCGACUUUGAAUAUAGCAGCUACAACUUCAGGGGCUUUGACAUUGGCAAUCACUUUUGUGAAUGGAUGUAUGACUACAGCUAUGAGAAGUUCCCCUUCUUUAAGGUUACCUCCCAGAACUACCCCACCAAAGCCCAACAGCUGCAUUUCUUUGGGAGCUACCUGCGGGAGUCUGACCGGGGCUUCGAGAACCUCGCUGAGGAGGACCAGAAGAACAUUCUAGAGGAGAUGUAUAUUGAAGUCAAUAGGUUUGCUAUGGCCUCCCACCUGUUCUGGGGUCUGUGGUCCAUCAUACAGUCCAGGAUCUCCACCAUCGAGUUCGGCUACAUGGAAUACGCCCAGGCCAGGUUUGAGGCAUACUUCAAGCAGAAGAGGAUGUUUGGCGUUUAAAGGGGAGGAGCCACACAACCUCUGCACUUUAACCCAGCCAGUCAGAGUGCAUGACAAGGCUGUUAUGGGGCCUUCAGUCUUGCCCCUGUGGGACCCAUCCCAAGGGAAGUUUCAGUAUGCAUUACUGCUUAGUGUACACGCUAUUAAGCAUUUGCCUUUCAUUCCAUCCUCCCGUUGUUGUCAUGGUCCCCCCCCCCCCUCCCCCGUAGUCGCGAGUGAAAAAAUAAAAAUCUUUGCGGGAAGAUCGUGAGAAGGAAGUAAAGGGGUUAAAACCCUCAGAUUUCCUGUACGUUCCCCCAGAGUAGAUCCUUAUUUUGGAAAGGUAACAUUGUAUCAAUGUAUCCAUGCAUCAUUCCCUAAUGGAAAAAAAACCCUCUUCUAUAAGUGGAAAAUAACUGGACCCCCCCUGCUGACCUCCCUUGUUAUCUACUGUAUGACUCAUCGACAUGUGACCAAGGUCCAGCUUCUGCUGAUGACGUUAAGAGUCCAUUCAGACUUUCUGUCUAACUCAUCACUCUCACUCCCACCAGUGGUCAUAGUGCAGCAGGGUCAGCUUGAAAAUGUAAACGGCGAUUUCCCAAUGUCUCGUUAAUAUGAAGUGUAAAUACAACAUGAUAAACACAUACAAUGGUAGCUGACCUUUAAAGCGACAGUUCGCCCCAAAUGUCAUUAAAGGCGUUUGUAAUUGGCUGCUGUGUUUCGUUCUGACAUAUUGUGACAUUGUGUGCAGCUGAGGAAAGCAGGGGGAGGGUAAACUGUGAACUGAUAAUGAUUAUGACAAAAACAAAUCAUUUAGAGGGUUUUAAACCUUCAUCUAGAAACGAUUUGAUUGUUUAUUAAUCUUCAGAACUGGAUUUGACUGUCUAAUUUAACUUACUUAUUGCUAACUUUUCGUUUUUGUAAUUUGUAACUUAGACUGUGAUUGCUAGUUCUGUUGAAUGCAUAUUACAUUUUUGUAUUUCUCUGUUAACAGACAGUGUCACUGUUGACAGUAAUGUUGAUGUUAUUGUUUUAUCUAAUUAACCUCUUUCUCGCCUGUCAUUGGUGGUUACCAUGGCAGCAGAA